AUGGAGAAUGGCUACAGAGUACUCGGUGUACCGGUCGAUGUAUCGAUAUGGACGUUGAUGGCGAUCAUCACAGUGUUGGUGGUGCUAGCGGGAUUGAUGGCGGGCCUCAUUAUCAGCAUCUUCUCACUCGACACGGUUCGACUAAAGGCACUUGCAUGCCGAUCGGAGACGGUGGAGGGACGACGCGCGCGCCGGCUUCUGCUCAUCUUGCACAAUCCGAACUGGGUUCUUGUGACUCUCGUCGUCGUCGACUCGGCCGCAACGGAGAUGCUGCCACUGUUGCUCAACGUCCUCCUUUCCCCCGCCGAGGCAGUCAUCGUAUCCGUGAUCCUGCUGGUCGUUUUCGGGGAGAUCAUACCCGAAGCAGUGUUCACGCAUCAUGCACUGGCGCUAGGGUCAGCGUUGGCCUAUCUAGUGCUGGUGCUAAUGAUAGUCACAGCACCAGUAUCUUGGCCCGUUGGUAAGAUGCUAGACUGGUGUGUUGGGAAUCGAUCGGGUGUCGCCUUCAAGCGUGGUCAGCUACGCGAGGUAAUCCGAUACCGAGCCGCCCAGCUCGACAACAUUUAUGGAGACGAUGAUGAAGAGGCCGUGCCGCUGCGCGACAGCGACCUGGACACACGAGAGCCGUACUUGAUGCACCAGCUUGAGACCCAAAUAAUGCUCGGGGUCUUGAGCCUAUCGGAGUACGUUGGGUCUUCUGUACUGAAGAAGAGCAUUCGGGCAACUUUUACUGUUCACCGUGACGCCGUUGUUAGCAAGCGGAUGGUACAGAGUAUGGUAGCUCACAAACUAACACAUAUUCCCGUGUACAGCGAUGUCGGAAACCCAUCCAACGUCACGCAGGUGUUUGAGCUGCGGCUUUUGCUCUUCUUUGCCUACUGCAAGGAAGAAGUUUCGAUUCGCAUCCGCGAUCUCCCACUCUUACCGUUGCCUCGGUACAGCGCAGACACGCCAUGCAAUUUGCUUUUAGACUACCUCCGCGCUUCUCCUCUCCAAGUAGCCGCGCUCAUGAGCUCAGAGAGCGCUGCAAGGGUUGUUGGGAUCAUCUCAGCAUCGGAUGUGGUGGAGCUUGUGCACAAGACCUCGUUUGACGCCACCUACGUGGAGUCCCACGGACCGCAACAAGGCAGUGUCGUGCAGUCGUUUCGCGCACACAACGCCUUCAUGACACACGAGACAAACCAGAUGAUAUUGAACGAGAUGAACGCGUAA